ACAUCCGCCUCCCACAACCAUAGAAAGUAGGAAGUAGUUUGUGCACUCUAUCAUUUGCACUUCCUGCCUCUUUGCCCACGCUCCUGCUGCACGGUGUACACCAUGCGACCCAUCCUGCUCCAGGGCCAUGAGCGAUCUAUUACCCAAAUCAAGUAUAACCGCGAUGGGGACUUACUACUUACAGUUGCUAAAGAUCCAGUGGUAAACGCGUGGUACUCUGUGAACGGAGAACGCCUGGGCACAUACAAUGGCCACACAGGAGCAGUAUGGUGCGUGGAUAUUGACUGGGACUCGCGUCAUGUACUUUCUGGAUCGGCAGAUAACUCCUGCAGAUUGUUUGACUGUGAAACAGGGAAACAGCUAGCAUUACUGGAGACUAAUUCCGCUGUCAGGACCUGUGGAUUUGACUUUGGAGGCAACAUCAUCAUGUUCUCAACAGACAAGCAGAUGGGUUACCAAUGUUUUGUCAACUUCUUUGACCUAAGGGACCCAUCCCAGAUUGAGGACAAUGAGCCAUACAUGAAGAUUAGUUGCAGCGAGUCUAAGAUAACGAGUGCUGUGUGGGGGCCGCUGGGUGAGAAUAUCAUUGCUGGACAUGAAAAUGGGGAGCUGAACCAAUAUAGUGCUAAGUCUGGAGAGAUUGUGAACAGUAUCAAAGAACACACAAAGCAGGUCAAUGAUAUCCAGAGUUCCAGAGAUAUGACCAUGUUCGUAACAGCAUCUAAGGACUGCAGCGCCAAGCUGUUUGACAUCACAUCACUGGAACAUCUGAAAUCAUUUCGUACAGAGCGGCCAGUAAACUCUGCAGCUGUUUCUCCAAUCUAUGACCAUGUUGUUAUUGGAGGAGGACAGGAAGCUAUGGAUGUGACAACAACAUCGACCAGGAUUGGUAAAUUUGAGGCAAGGUUUUUCCAUGUUGCUACUGAGGAAGAAUUUGGAAGAGUGAAGGGCCAUUUUGGACCUAUUAACAGUUUGGCAUUCCACCCAGAUGGCAAGAGUUAUAGCAGCGGCGGGGAGGACGGAUACGUCAGAAUACAUUACUUUGACCAACAAUAUUUUGAUUUUGAGAUUGAAUCUUAAGCGAUUGUCAACUGGAAGGCAGUUCAGUAUACACUUUAAAUGAAAGCCAUCAUGUAAAGUGUAAUAAAAAUGUUUUAGGUGGAACCAAAUAGAUCAUUUCUUAAAAAAAUCUCUUUUGCAGUCAGCUUCUCAAAACAUCGAAAUUUUGGCAUCAAGUGGGGAGGGUUAAGUUUACGCAGUGGGGAAGGGAGGGUUAGGGUUAGGCACCACCGGGGAGGGUUAGGGGGAUUAAUGGGGGUCUGUUGGACGGGAUGCCACGGUCUGUAUACUGACAGCCGGCACCCCGUCCUUCGGCAAAUCAUACUGAACCCAGCUCCACAUUGGCACCUACAGGCUUUAGGGGAGGUUCAGCUUUAUAGUGAAAACAUUCAUUUUCUGCAGAACUCGUUUUGAAAGGCUCCUCUCUUAAAAAAUAUAUACUACUACUGCUUACCAACAACUCCCCUUGUAUCAAACCUUCUGGGAGUUAUAUCCGAGCACAUUUAUUUAUUUAAUAUUCCAUUUGGGUUUAUUUUUUAAGCAAAAUAUGGAGGUGUACAAAAUCCAAUGCUACUUUCAUAUAUUAUGGUUUGGAUAAUGUACCUAUUUUAAAGGUAUUGUGCUGGAGUUCUGGAUUUAUGCUACACAAAAAGUGUUAGAGCUGCUUCCCUCUUCUUAAGUAAUAAAAGCAACCAAAUCAAAGGAUAUCUGAUGCCCCCACUCACAGUAAUGCAUCAUGCAGAUUUUGGAGCAAUGGCAACCAGCUUGUAGUUGGACUACAAUAUUCAGCAUUCUAGUCACUGAAGGCUACCUAUACCUGCAUGAAAGUGUUGGUAAUUAUGAUUAAACUUGCACUUCGUUUUCACUCAGUGCCCAGGUAUGGACUUUUUUUUUAAAUUUGUAUAAAGAAAGCAGUGAUUGGACAGAGAAUCAGCAUGGACAUUGCCUUUGCAGGGAAAGAUCCUUCCGAGAUCUUUUGAAAAAAUAAAAAAAAUAAAAAAAUCGCUUAAUAUUUGAA